AUGUCGAACUUGGAAGCUAGUAAAGUAUAUGAACUCAUUGUCAGUAAUGUUAUCAAUGAAGUGAGAGAGGAUUUCGAGAGUGCAGGUAUAGAUGAACAAACGUUACAGGAUCUGAAGCGAGUGUGGCAAGAGAAACUUACUGAAACUAAGGUUACACAUUUUAGUUGGGAUCCAGUAACUGAUGCAGUUCCAGCUACAAACGAAACGAAUCAGCAAGAAACUUCUACAACGGAGACCAAUGGAUUACAAUUACCUGGUGGGGCAGUAAUUUCGGCACCAAGCACAGGGAAUGAUAUGUCCCCACAAGAUGAAAAUACAAAUAAUGCAGACGAUGGCGAUGCAACGGCAGGUAUGCUGGCUGGUGGCGACGACGACUUAAAUAACAAUGAGAACAAUGUAAGCGACAACAAUGUACAGGUAAAACAAGAGGGAGAUGUUAAAUUUGAGAUGACUAUAGAAAAUGCGGAUACAUCUGAUCUCGAAUCAAAGAACAAAGACCACAAAGAGGCUAAAAGAAGUGCUCUUCUCGAUGCAGAUGAAGUUGGCUCCGAGCUAGAUGAUUCUGACGACAACUAUCUGAUAUCAGAAGGUGAAGAUGAAGGCCCAGAUGAAAAUAUUAUUUUGUGUCUAUAUGAUAAAGUAACAAGAACCAAGGCAAGAUGGAAAUGUACAUUAAAAGACGGUAUUGCUACUGUCAAUAGAAAAGAUUAUUCAUUCCAAAAGGCACAAGUGGAAGCGGAGUGGGUCUAA